UUUUUUGCCUUAAAAUUCAGUGUUUUUUUAAUUUAAUUAUGAAGUCUUCACAUUCGAAUUCCCCAUUGGUCACUGGAAUUUCUCCACAUCAAGGUUCACCUGGAACACAGAUUACAAUUCGUGGUCAAAAUCUUGGCGAAGAUCCAAAUGAUAUUGUAGCCCUUAUUAUUUGUGGAACAGAUUGUUUAGCAACUGCUAAAUGGAAGUCUUCCUCAAAAAUUGUUGCUAGAUUGGGUGGGCAAGCAAAGCGGGGUGUUGGUGAUAUUUUAAUAGUUACUAGAUCUGGUGGGAGAGGACAUUCAGAAGUUCAGUUUCGUGUAUUUAUUGAGCAAAUUGGCCCUCUUCAAGAAUCUAUAGUUUGGGUAGAUGAAUCUAAAACAGUUCCUGGACGAAAUUUACUUCGAAAUGUUGGGGAAACAAAUGAUAAUGAGGAUGCUUUAGAAUUGGGCGUUGACCCACAGAAGAAAUUGGAUCAUUCGACACUUUUAAAAUAUUUCCCAGAUUCUUCUGGAAGUAGAAAAAUGGAUAAGUUUAACCCUCGUUGGUAUUUGUUGGAGAACUACAAAAAUGCAAGCCUAUCGGACUUAAAACGCGGACUUAAAAACUUGGAAGAACGAAUCCAACGAGAAGACCAAUCUUCUAAACAACUACAUAAAGCUAGUCUUUUCCCAUUAGUUAGCUGUGUUGAUGCUUUAGCCAAACUUCAAUCAAAAAUUCAACAACAAAAAAGAGCACAAAAAGAAGCUGGAGGCCAAUGGCCGACAACAAUAAAAUUAUCUGAAAAAUUGGAUUUGGCAAGGGAAACAGCAGAUCAAUUAUUUAAAGAUGUUUUGGCGAGAAAAGAUGCUGCGGAUUCAACGAGGAAUGCUUUGUCUGUGCUAACACGUUUUCGAUUUAUUUUUUUCUUGGCUGAACAGAUCGAGGACAAUUUGGCAAAGGGUGAAUAUGCUACCAUUUUAAAUGACUACGCUCGAGCAAAAGCACUUUUCAAGGACACUGAAGUUAGCUUGUUUAAAGAAGUAAUGGCUGUACUUGACGAAAAAAUUGACAGACUUCGAGGAAUUAUCAGAAAACUUUUGGUUGAUAUAACAACUCCUUUUGAGGAACAAAGCCGUUUGAUAAAAUAUCUCAAAAUUCUAGAUCCCGAAUCUGAUCCAGCUUGGGAUUGUAUGAUGGCAUAUCACGGUUGGUUGGAAAGUAUGUUGUGGGAACUUCAAAGGCAAUUUCAUGCACAAGAAGAGCAAUCACUCCUUCGAGAAGAUACGAAUGCUACCUCUUCAAUUUCUUAUGAUCUAGAUACUCCCAGACCUCUUGGAUAUUUCCGUCAAGCAUUUGUUACAGAUUUGCUGAGUUUAUUAACAGACAAAUUACACACUUUCUGGAAAAUUUCUCAAAAUUUUGCUGUGACUGGUUCUGGCACAACUAUUGCAUCUUUAUUGCCUGCUUCGCUUGCUGAAGCUACAGAGAUUCAGGAACGUCAAAUGGAUAUUGAUCAAAUGCUUGCCAAUACAAUAAACGUUGCUUCUUGGCUUUUAUUAAAUGCUCUAGUGCCUGGAUCUUUACCGGAAUCAGUAACAAAGCAGCACACUGAUGAUCAAUUUGUUCAAUGGCCUGCAAUAAAUUCAGCUGCUCAAUGGAAUGUUAUGUUUUCCUCGAUUAAAUUGCUACGAAAUUCAAUAAAAGCUUUAAUUGAUUGCCAAUUGGCUAGGCAUCAUUUGCAACCACUUUUUGAACUUUGUACAACGGUUCGUUUAAAAUGUUUGGGAAUGCUUGUUGAGAGAGGGAAAGAAGGUUUUUUGCUUUUUUACUUUAUUAUCUUUUGGCGUACCCAAGGAGAUUUUUGUCCCUUGAAAUGGUGAUAACGGGAACCUUUGUGAGGUGACUAUUAAAAGUGUUCGC